AUUCUCAAAUCAAGCCGGGGAAUUUCGUCUGUUCAAAAUUUUCUCCUUCAUUAUUGUUCAAGUUUUUUCGUCUGUUUCAAGAUCUCAUUUCAACUUUCACAAUGAAGUUUCGUGGGAAAAUGAUUGAUCCUAACUGCAUUAAGCAAUUCAUAGGCAUUUUAGGUUGCAUGACGAAACUUGGGAAAUCAUGCAUUCUAAGGAUCACUACCAACGACUUGUAUUUCAUUGUCCGUGAAUCCCAGACUAUUUCAACCUCUCCACUUAUUUGGUGUACUCUUGAUGAGGGUCACUUUUUUUCAGAAUUUGGAAUGGAAGGUUUAAGUACCGUUGAUAACGAAAUAUACCUUGAAUUUGUUGCAGAAAAUGUUGCAAGAACAUUGAGUGCCUUGAAAGUAUCAGGAACUGCAAAAUCAGUAAAAAUCAAACUCACAAAGAAGCUUUCUUCACCGUGUCUAACUUUUGAGAUUGACUUGCCAUCAGGUUCUAAUCAUUCACGAUUAGUUGUUCACGACAUCCCUGUGAAUUUGGUACCUAGAAGGCUUUGGAAUGACUAUGUUGAGCCAGAAGUUGUGGAUCCAGAUAUUUCAGUUCAUAUGCCUCAGCUCCGUUUAAUGAAAAGCAUUAUUGAACGCAUGAAAAACCUUGCCAAUAUGGCCACUCUUCACGUCACAUCCGAAGGAUUACUUACUCUAACUGUUGAAACUGAAGCCGUUUCCGUAACUUCACACUUCGAUCAUCUACACGUUGAAAAGCAAAAGGAAGAUGAAGCUAGUGUCACCAUCGAAUUGAAACGUCUAUCAAAUUUUCUAGCUCAUGAACAGCUUAAUCCACAAAAAGUCGUUUGUGAUGUGCUGCAAUCAAAAUUGAUGCAUUUGAAUUUUCUGAGCGACAGUUACAGUUUGCAGUAUUUUCUCCCAGGGAUUAAUGACCAAUAACGAAGAAAAAAACUUUCCUGAGUUCCCUCGAUGAUUUAUUAAAGUGGAUCGCAACUUGAACGAUUACAUAGAGGCUCACAUUUACGCGCUGAUUUCAGUACCUACAACUCACGGAAAACCAUCGUCAUCUUCUUCAGCCAUUUCCUUCGCAUAUUCCAAAUCUUGUUGUUCCCGUUCGCGACGUUCCUAUAAGAAAAAUUUAAUCUGUUUUUUACCAUAGCCCAAUACAUAAAACGCAGAUAAUUCAUGUCUGAUAGAUCUACAGUUUCAGAUUUUAAAUUACACAGUUGCAUUUGGUUUCACGCCAAGGAAUUCGA